UUAACCCCUGUGCUGCCGCAGUGGCGCAUGUGAAGAGAUUCCGCAUUACGUCAUACCGGAGGCUGCCUUGUUCUGCUCAGCUCAGCCCAGCCAGAGCGCUGCUGCACGAAAAUUUCCACGACAACACAAGCUUUGCGGGAGAGCGGCGCGACAACAACGGCCGCUUCGCGCCGUGAUGCAGCACCCCACGCAAAAGAAGCCCUGAUCCCACCGCAAGACGCGACGGAUUCCCCGGGUGGACAGGAGUCAGGGUGCAGGACAUGCCUCGAAAUAAAUUCUGAAUGAUUGAAGAUUGCAGGCGGAGGGGUGACAACAUGGCAGAUAGAAGGCAGCUGUAUGUCGAGAUGAGGGCACAGGAUUUGGACUCCAUACGAUUAUCAACAUACAGAACAGCUUGCAAACUCCGAUUUGUGCAGAAGAAAUGCAACCUGCAUUUGGUUGAUAUUUGGAACGUCAUUGAGGCUUUUCGAGAGAAUGGUCUGAACACCAUGGAUCGCAACGCUGAGCUUGCUUCGGCUCGUCUGGAAGUGGUACUGUCUACCCUCUUCUACCAGCUUAACAAGCGCAUGCCAACCACUCACCAAAUCAGCGUGGAGCAGUCCGUCAGCCUGCUGCUCAACUUCCUGCUGGCAGCCUACAACCCGGAGGGUCAUGGCAAGAUAUCUGUUUUUGUUGCGAAGAUGGCCCUUGCCUCGAUCUGCGGAGGGAAAAUUCUGGAUAAAUUAAGAUAUAUAUUUUCACAGAUAUCAGAUUCUGCUGGAAUAAUGGUGCACUCGCAGUUUGACCAGUUUCUGCGAGAGGUUCUCAAAUUGCCCAUGGCGGUGUUUGAGGGACCUUCUUUUGGCUACACUGAGCAAGCUGCCCGAGCAUGUUUCACUCAGCAGAAAAAGGUCUCCCUCAACACAUUCCUUGAUACGCUGAUGUUAGACCCGCCCCCUCAGUGUUUGGUGUGGUUACCUCUCAUGCAUCGGCUGGCCAACGUUGAGAACGUGUUUCACCCGGUCGAGUGCUCCUACUGCCAUACUGAGAGUAUGAUGGGCUUCCGCUACCGCUGCCAGCAAUGUCAUAAUUACCAGCUCUGUCAGGACUGCUUCUGGAGGGGGCAUGCCAGUGGUUCCCAUAGCAACCAGCACCAAAUGAAGGAGUAUACGUCAUGGAAAUCCCCAGCUAAGAAGUUAUCCCAUGUCCUCAGUAAGUCACUGAGUUGUGCAUCCAGCAGAGAGCCCCUUCACCCCAUGUUCCCCGAUAUGCCAGAGAAACCUCUCAACCUAGCUCACGUUGUAGAUACGUGGCCACCAAGACCAGUGAACAUAACCAACGACUACUCCCUGUCGCACUCCAUGCCUACAUCAGGGAACCCUUACUCCACCAAAAACCAGAAUAAUGACGCUGGCCAAAAAAAGUCCCCGUUCGGGGCUUCUCCACAGCUGUUAAAAGGGAAAGGGUUGAAGUACAACCUCGACGUUGCUGAUAGACUUGCUGACGAGCAUGUUCUCAUUGGCCUCUAUGUGAAUCUGCUCCAAAACAGCCCCAAAUCAUGUUUGGCGGAAAGCAGUAACCAUCAAGACGAUGAGCACAGUCUCAUUGUUCGCUAUGCUGCUAGACUGGCUGCUGAUGCUGCGGCUCAACAGCAGAGGGUCCCAGCAGACCUCCCCUACUCUCUGGAUGCCAACAAACAGCAGAGGCAGCUCAUUGCAGAGUUGGAGAGCAAAAACAGAGAAAUCCUGCAGGAAAUCCAGAGGCUGCGUCUUCAGCACGAGGAAGCUUCCAAGCCACCACCUGACAGGGGUCAGCAGAAUCCCACCUUGCUCGCUGAGCUGCGACUUCUCAGGCAACGCAAAGAUGAGCUCGAACAAAGAAUGUCUACUCUGCAGGAGAGUCGCAGGGAGCUCAUGGUGCAGCUGGAGCAGCUAAUGAUGCUUCUCAAGCUGGAAGAAGAACGAAAACAAGGAAAUACUCAGGGUCCCGGCUCUCCACGCUCUUCUCCCAGCCACACCAUCAGCCGGCCGAUCCCCACGCCCAUCCACUCAGACUCUGCUGGCACCACCCCAACUCACACACCUCAGGACUCACUCAUGGGCGUGGGAGGGGAUGUUCAGGAGGCCUUCGCUCAGGGUCCAAGGAGAAAUUUGAGAAAUGACCUUCUCAUUGCUGCUGACUCUAUAACCAACACAAUGUCAUCACUUGUUAAGGAGCUCAAUUCAGGUGGCAGUGAGACAGAGAGCCUCUUGGAUUCAGACUUUGGACGGUGUGACCUAAUGGCUACAAAUUCUUCAGAUUUUUACUUCACUUAUAAACCAAGUAUCUGUCCUGCUAGAGCUGCAGAAGAAGAAGGUUUUGAUAACAAUCUGGAGCAGCAGCUAGAAGAUGAGCUCAAGUUGGAAGAGCUGGUGAAGCACAGACAAGAGACGGACAAAACGUGCUUGGUGACAAUGGAGCAGUGACUGUGGAAGUCCAGGAGCCUGGUUAGCAAUAUAGAAAGCAACAAUAGUAGAAGACACUGGGAGAAGCAACACUGGGCUGAAAACACGCAGCACUGAAGACAUGAAGAAUUGAACCUGCGCUAAAUCCAACCAUAGAAAUAUUACAUUUAUGUAAAGAUAUAUUUUUUACCCAAGCACAUAUUUAAGGUAAAACUGUGAGCUGGUGUGGAGAGAUUAAAUACUGAGCUUUCUAUUACACCACCGGUGCCAUAAAACACAGUUAUUUCAGAACUUUUAUUUGAGUUUUUGUUUGAAUCCUUUAGUAACCGUACACUGUAAGUACAAGGUGGUGAACCACUUUCUUUCAAAAUCUUAUGUCUGUUGACACAACGAACCAGGCUUAAAUCUAGAUUUUUCACCUGAUUUUUAAGUCAUGCUGACAAACAUGAGAGUGCAUUUGAGCCAAGGGUAUAAAACGCUAACAUCUGAAAUAUUUUUAUGUAUUACUGUGGUCGGGAUACGUACGUGAACAAAUUUAGCACUAUUUCAUACAUUUCUUACUGUUGCUACUUGUAAUUGCCUUUCUGUUCUUUUUCUUUUGUUGUUUAGUUUUACUUUUUUUACAGGUGGAUCAUGUAUAUUAUUUGUUUUCUUUGGGGAAUCGGUAAUAAUAUUGCACACUGCCUUAGGUGAUUGUAUAACCUCUCAUUGUAGUUCAUUCUACAGUACUUGUCACUGCAGCAUCUAGUCUGAAGGCUAAAGAACAACUACAGCAAUGCUGGAUGUCUUUAGUGAGGUUAAACCCAUUGCAAUUUAGGUAUGGUUUUGCAAAUACAGCCCCCUUUUAUUUAUAAGGGUAUCCUUGGUGGAGAUUUUAAAAUCUGUGUUAAAAAAAUCUGCUUUAAUUUCAAUAAUCCCACAUUAAAAAUGUAGAAAAAUCUAAUUUGGAUACAUUUAUACAGUGGAGAAGAAUUUCCAAGUUAGAGAGUAAUUGUUUUGAACAAAAUCACUGGUGCCAUAAUCUUUUGAAGCAAACAGAGGGAUGCAUCUAUUACCAUUCCUCUUUGCAAAAUGCUUCUAUAUCACCUGGCAUCCUUGGCCUUCUCUUGCACUCUUCUGCUCUACUGGCCCAGCUGUUUUUCUGAAAGAACUAGGUCUUGGAUGGAGAUGGACAUUAGAAGAAGGUUGUUUUUUUUUUUUCUGGUGAACAUUUCUGUGUAGACUUAGCCAUAUGUUUUGGAUCAUCACACUGCUGAAAGAUCCAAUGAUGACCUAUUUGUCCUUGAAUUGCAAGGAAUAUAUGAUAGAAAGCUCUUCCAGUGCUUAAGGACGAGAAACAGGCCCACAGCAUCACAGAUCCUCCACCACACAAAAGGGGGCAUGAGGUGGUUUUCCACAUAUUCACCAUCUGUUUCAUGCCAGACUGAGACUGAUGUAUGAAAUAUGAUUGAGCAGAAGUGUUCAAUCAUACAUAAUACAAAAGCACACAGUCCUAGUUAAAUAUCCAGUAGUUCUUUGUGAACUACUGGAACUUUAUUAUUCAUUUUAAAUUGAAUUGAAAUUAUAUUACUGAAGUAUGAAUCAGAAUUAAUAUAAAUGACAUUGGUGUUUUCGUUGACAUCCAACCUUCUGCUGUUGGAAAGUUUGAUGUGUCAGCUAUGGUUGAAAUUUCCUCAUGUUUGGAGUCUGACAACAACAUGGAUGAUCAUCUCACAGGGAGUACUGACAUUAGCUUCCAAAAUAACACAAAUCAACUUUGUGUAGUUGAUCAGGACAGAAACUUGCAGCUAAUGAUGCUAUAUACUGUAUGUGUCCAGUACUGCAGUCCGUCCUGCAUUAUACCUGCUGCUGUAUCGACAUUCUUUAUUUUACUAUAGAGUCUUACAGAUGGUUAGAAACACAUUGAACUGUGUACAAAUAGAAACUCCUCAGCCACGUCAGAGAGUACUGCAGACCUAAUAUUUUCACAUUGUCCGUGUUUUGAGUGAUUUUCAGGUUAAUUUGAAAGGGACAGCAAAAUUACAAGCCGUGUUGUUUAUCACAUUUUCUCCUGCCCUACAUGCACAGUUCCUCCCCUUCAACCUGUAAGAGAUUUAAGGUCUUAUGCUUGGUAUUAGUUGGGUUAUAGGAAGCUUUAGAAAGCUGAGUCAGCUGAGUCCUGCACAGGCACAGUUUACCAGCUGACAUUACUCAUCAAAACAGCCGUUAAAAACUGCAGGUUAUACCAACAGGAAUCACUGAAGCAAUCCAAACCAGUUUGUACAAAAACCUUCUAAAUCUUAGUGUUUUAACCGAGAUAUACUGUAGAAGAAGUUACUGUAAGAGGCUGCCAAAUUACCGCAGCGCUCCAAAAAAAUACAAUUUAGCCAAGCAUUGAUCAUAGAUUACUCCCUUUCUAUGAUUUAAUCUCAUUACUCUCACAAAUCACCAUGUGGCUCGCACACCAACACACAUUCUUGAUGCCUUGCAAGUGUGUGUGUAAAAAACUUUGCCCUGCCACUUUAGAUAAAGUGGCAAGCCCAUCUAAAAUCAUAAAUGUGUGAAAUAUAUCUAGCUUGAUUUUUUUUUUUUAUAUCUUUCAAGCAAGUUCAUAGCAGUGAUUUUUGCAUGGUGGUGGUGCAUAAUAAAGUGUUGACACAGUAUCACAA